CCCGCCCCGCCCCUCCCGCCGCGUCCCGAGCGAGUUUGGGCCUGGGCGGCGGGGCUUGAGCCCCUGGCUCUGCUGUUAGGCUUCGGCAGGCGCACGAUCGGGAGGCCUGCGGCCUGGCCUUGGGGAAGCAAUGGACUCGCAGGGGCUGAAGGCUUUGAUUAAUUACUACUGUCAGGAGAGAUAUUUCCACCAUGUGUUACUUGUUGCCAGUGAGGGAAUGAAGAGCUAUGGCAGUGACCCAGUCUUCAGGUUUUAUCAUGCCUAUGCUACAUUAAUGGAAGGUAAAAUUCAAGAAGCUCUUCGAGAAUUUGAGGCUAUUAAGAAUAAACAAGAUGUAUCACUUUGUUCUCUAAUUGCACUGAUAUACGCUCAUAAAAUGAGCCCUAAUCCAGAUAGAGAAGCUAUUCUUGAAUCAGAUGCCAGAGUGAAAGAGCAGCGUAAAGGAGCUGGACCAAAAGUUUUGUACCAUGCAGGCUUGUUUUUGUGGCACGUUGGUCGGCAUGAUAAAGCGAGAGAAUAUAUUGACCGAAUGAUCAAGAUAUCAAAUGGGAGUAAAGAGGGACAGGUUUUGAGAGCAUGGCUUGAUAUUACAAGAAGAAAAGAACCUUAUACUAAAAAAGCAUUAAGAUACUUUGAAGAGGGAUUGCAAGAUGGGAAUGAUAUUUUUGCUCUACUGGGUAAGGCACAGUGCCUUGAGAUGCGCCAGAAUUAUUCAGGUGCUCUGGAGACUGUGAACCAGAUAAUCAUGAAUUUUCCAAGUUUCCUUCCUGCUUUGGUAAAGAAAAUGAAACUACAACUAGCCUUGCAGGAUUGGGACCAGACAGUUGAGACAGCACACAGGUUGAUGCUGCAAGAUAAUCAAAAUUUGGAAGCACUGAGAAUGCUGGCCCUUUACUAUUUGUGUAGGGAGGGGGAUAUAGAGAAGGCUGCCACCCAGCUGGAAAACUUAGGAAAUGCAUUGGAUGUCGUGGAACCACAGAAUGCUCAACUUUUUUAUACAAUCACAAUAGCCUUCAGCAGAAUUUGUGGACGUAGUCAACUCAUUCUUCAGAAAACCCAAACAUUGCUAGAAAAAGCUUUUAGUUUAAAUCCUCAGCAAUCAGAAUUUGCUACAGAACUUGGAUACCAAAUGAUUUUACACGGGAAAGUUAAAGAGGCCUUGAAGUGGUAUAAGACCGCCACGACACUAGAUGAAACCAGUGUUUCUGCUCUAAUUGGAUUUAUCCAGUGUCAAUUAAUAGAAGGGCAACUACAGGAUGCAGAUCAGCAUCUAGAAUUCCUUAGUGAAGUUCAGCAGUCUAUUGGAAAAUCAGCGGAAUUAACCUAUUUACAUGCAGUUCUUGCUAUGAAGAAAAAUAAACGACAAGAAGAGGUUAUUAAUUUGUUAGAUGAUGUCCUGGACACUCAUUUUUCACAAUUGGAGGAUUUACCUCUUGGCAUACAGUAUUUUGAGAAGUUAAAUCCUGAUUUCUUGCUAGAAAUUAUUACAGAAUAUCUGAAUUUCUGUCCAAUGCAGCCUGCAAGUCCUGGGCAACCUCUUUCUCCACUUCUCAGACGUUGUACCUCAAUCCUGGAGACUAUAGUCAGAACCGUUCCUGGUCUUCUGCAGGCUGUCUUCCUAAUAGCAAAAGUGAAGUAUUUGUCAGGUGAUAUCGAAGCAGCUUACAAUAACCUGCAGCAUUGCCUAGAACACAGCCCUUCCUAUGCCGAUGCUCAUCUUCUGAUGGCUCAGGUUUAUCUGUCUCAGGAAAAAUUCAAAUUGUGUUCUCAGUCUCUUGAACUAUGCCUGAGCUAUAAUUUUAAGGUGAGAGAAUAUCCUCUCUAUCAUCUGAUAAAAGCUCAGUCACAAAAGAAAAUGGGAGAAAUAGGAGAAGCAAUUAAAACUCUGCACAUGGCAAUGAGUUUACCAGGAAUGAGGAGAAUUGGAUCUUCCUCAAAGUCAAAAUACAGAAAAACUGAAAUUGAUGCAAGCCAUCGUUUAUCAGUCUUUCUUGAGUUGGUAGAGGUUCACCGUUUAAAUGGAGAACAGCAUGAGGCAGCCAAAGUUUUACAAGAUGCCAUCCAUGAAUUUUCUGGGACAUCUGAAGAGUUGCGUGUCACUAUCGCUAACGCAGACUUAGCUCUGGCCCAGGGAGAUGUGGAGAGGGCUUUAAGCAUGCUUCGGAAUGUUACAGCCGAGCAGCCGUAUUUCAUAGAGGCCAAGGAAAAAAUGGCAGAUAUAUAUCUGAAGCACAGAAAAGAGAAAAUGUUAUAUAUCACUUGUUACAGAGAAAUGGCUGAAAGGAUGCCCAGUUCUCGGUCUUUUCUUCUCCUUGGUGAUGCAUACAUGAAUAUUCAGGAGCCUGAGGAAGCCAUAGUAGCAUAUGAGCAAGCACUAAAUCACAACCCAAAGGACGGAACACUGGCAAGCAAAAUUGGGAAAGCCCUUGUGAAAACUCACAACUACUCAAAGGCAAUCACUUAUUAUGAGGCUGCUCUGAAAAGUGGACGACAAAAUUAUCUCUGCUAUGACCUGGCCGAGCUCUUAUUAAAAUUGAAGUGGUAUGAUAAAGCAGAAAAAGUUCUUCAGCAUGCUCUAGCUCAUGAACCUGUAAAUGAACUGUCGGCCCUCAUGGAAGAUGGACGUUCUCAAGUUCUUCUAGCAAAAGUUUACAGUAAAAUGGACAGACCCGAUGAUGCAGUCACUUCAUUGCAACAGGCUCGAGAAUUACAAGCUCGGGUGCUAAAACGUGCUCAGAUGGAACAGCCAGAUGCAGUUCCUGCACAGAAACAUUUAGCAGCUGAAAUUUGUGCAGAGAUUGCAAAACAUUCUGUUGCUCAGCGAAACUAUGAAAAAGCAAUUAAGUUUUAUAGAGAAGCUCUUGUUCAUUGUGAGACAGAUAAUAAGAUAAUGCUGGAGCUGGCCCGAUUGUACCUGGUACAAGAUGACCCCGACGCCUGCCUGCGGCACUGUGCCCUGCUUCUCCAGAACGACCAGGACAAUGAGGCCGCCACCAUGAUGAUGGCAGAUCUCAUGUUCAGAAAACAGGACUAUGAACAAGCCGUGUUUCAUUUACAACAGCUUUUAGAACGAAAACCAGAUAAUUAUAUGACGUUAUCUCGUUUAAUUGAUUUCUUAAGAAGAUGUGGAAAACUUGAAGAUGUUCCACGAUUUUUCUUAAUGGCUGAGAAACGUAACUCCAGAGCAAAACUGGAGCCAGGAUUUCAGUACUGUAAAGGGUUAUAUCUUUGGUAUACUGGAGAACCAAAUGAUGCCCUUCGACAUUUUAAUAAAGCUCGGAAAGACAGUGACUGGGGCCAAAAUGCCCUUUAUAAUAUGAUUGAAAUCUGUUUGAAUCCAGAUAAUGAAACUAUUGGAGGUGAAGUAUUUGAAAAUCUUGAUGCAGAUCUGGGUAAUUCAACUGAGAAGCAAGAGUCUGCGCAGUUAGCAGUGAGAACAGCAGAAAAGCUCCUUAAGGAACUAAAACCUCAGACCAUUCAGGGUCAUGUACAGCUUCGCAUAAUGGAAAACUAUUGCCUAAUGGCCACCAAACAGAAAUCUAAUGUGGAGCAGGCAUUGACUACCUUCACUGAAAUAGCAGCCUCUGAGAAGGAUCAUGUUCCAGCACUUUUGGGAAUGGCAACAGCUCAUAUGAUCUUGAAACAAACUCCCCGGGCCCGAAAUCAGCUGAAGCGGAUUGCAAAAAUGAACUGGAAUCCUAUUGAUGCUGAGGACUUUGAGAGGAGUUGGCUGCUGCUUGCCGAUAUUUAUAUUCAGUCAGCAAAAUAUGACAUGGCCGAGGAUCUGAUAAAACGGUGCCUGAGGCAUAACAGGUCAUGCUGCAAAGCUUAUGAAUAUAUGGGCUACAUUAUGGAAAAAGAGCAAGCAUAUAUGGAUGCUGCCUUAAACUAUGAGAUGGCAUGGAAACAUAGCAACCAGACAAAUCCAGCAGUAGAAUUCAAGCCUGAGCGCUGUCACUGUGAAUGACACCAGGAACUGAGGCCCACUGCGAGGAGGACACAGCCGUGUUUCUCUCUUCACAGUCGUUCCCGGGCUACGUGACAGUCACGGGGCUGUUUACACUGUUGGUGCUUUUGUUUUCUUGCUUUCACGAGCUCAGGCUCUCUCCCCCCAUUUUUUUUUUUUUUUUUUUCCUGAUUACACAGAGUUGAAUUCUUAGAAGCCUGACAGGUGUAAUGAAACUGUGGUACACAUGUUCUUCGCCAUGUGUAGCUCUUCAUUUCCUCUCUAAAGUUCUUUUUUGCAGGAAAUGAUCUAUCGAGUUUGUUUCAAUAUGACAACUUUCUGCUUCUACUUUAGUGUAUCACAGUUUAAAAAAAACAUUAGUAUUUGUGUGGUACUCUGAAAUUUUUUAAAGCAUUUCACAAGUAUUUCAUUUGAUCUUUAAAUUUACAUUAAGAGAUUAGCAGGGCUAUCGUUCCCAUUUUUGGAUGCAGAAACUUGAAAUUGACAGCUAACGGUGACUUGCCUAAGGUCUCAAAGCUAGUCAGGAAACCGGAAGCCAAAAGUUAUGUCCAGGUUUUUUUGGUUCUAGUUUCCAUAUUUGGCAUGACAUGUUUAAGUUGUUUUCCUUUUUAAAUGUCACAAACCAUUUAUUAUUCUGUUUUAUAAUUCCUUUCCUAUGAUAUUAAGUUUACCUCUCUGAUACUGUGUUCAUCUUGGACAUUUCUAAUUGUGUAUGUGUUUGUGUGUGUGAAUUGAAUACUAUGAAUUUUAGAUAAUUUCUGUUCCUUCCUUCUUGCUACCAUGAUUGCAUUAGCCAAUAAUUCUUUUAAAACAUUGUUUUGAAAUUCUAAAAAUUUUCUUCAAGGAUCCUUUGAUUAAAGUCCAAGAGGAGCAUUCAAAUUUCCUUUUCAUAUUUUUAAGUGGUAAAGCAAAAUAUAUUAUUUAUUAGUUACAUAUUAUUUUUCAUUGUGUUAUAUCUUAUUUAUUGAAUCUACUUUUUCAUCUCCUCAGUUUGCUUAUUACUAAAGAAACUAAGGAGAUGAAAUUGGCAUUCUUAUUACAGAACACCAGUUAUUUAAGAAUGUAUUAAAAUUUUCUUCAGAAAUGUCAGUAUUUGGACUUCCCGGUGGUCCAGCUGUUUAAGAAUCUGCCUGCCAAUGCAGGGGACAUGGGUUCCAUCCCUGGUCUGGGGAUAUUCCACCUGCUGCAGGUUAACUAAGCCCAUGCAGCAACUUCUGAGGCUGCGCACCUAGAACCUGUACUCCACAACGGGAGAAACCACCGCAGUGAGAAGCCCACACACCGCAACUGAAGAGCAGCUCCUGCUCAUCUCACCGAGAGAAAGCCCACUCAUUGCAGUUACUAGAGAAAGCAUGUGCCCAGUAAGACCCAGUACAGCCAAAAAGAAAUAACUAAAAAUUUUAAAUAAAUAAAUAACCCUUGCAGUGUGCCAUUUCAACAUCACAUGUGGCUGACGUGGCCGUCUAAUGACUAAUGCUCUGCCUCUGAGUCAGCCCCCUGCUGCAGCGCCCUCUGCUCCUCCAGCGCUCCAGGUCCAUUUGGCUGCCGCGUCUCCCUCUGCCUCUGGCCUUUCCGUGGCAGUUCUCUUUGCCUAACAGAAUUCUCUCUUCCCACCCCUUUGGCCUACAUUAUGCCUCUUCCUUCAGGUUUCACACAUUGCCUGACACCCACCCCACAUUUCUUAUUACAGUGCUCUUGGCCUGUGCCUUUGUUUCAUAGUAUUUAUCUCAGUUCUGAAAUCAUUCAUGUACUUCCAUAAUUACUUAAAUAACUUACGUUCUUUCCUAACAGAAUGUAAACCUCAGGCACCAGUUUGCCUGAUGUGUUAAGUACAUCAGUACUGUAUAAAGGAAUUGCUGUGUUAUCACUUACUGCUCUAUGAUCAGUUUUUACUGUAAUCUGAAACAAAUGGGGCUUUUCUAGUAAGUUGCAAAACCAUAUUUGUGGGAUGGCUGGCCAUCUUCUAGCCCAACGGUGGUCCCUUGUUCCAACUCCAUUUUCUUUGGUACCUGUUCUCCUUUUAUAUCACUCCACCUUCUGUUAUCUUAUCGUUUCUAUCAUAGUACAGUCACUAAGUACACACACACACAUAGUACACACACACCCUCCACUAAGAGUUCUCUAAUAUUAGCAUAAGCAAACAAAGGAGGAAGCCAUGAAAGGUAAUACUAACAGUGUGCUUUAUAAAUAAAUAAUACUAUAUCAUUGCUGGGGGUUUUGUCU